AUGGCGGUUAAUACUGGUGAUACGAGAUUUAGGAAGCUAGAUGUUGAUAAUGUUGCGGAAACCAAUUUCCAAGAUGAUGGAACUGAGGAUGUUUCCUCUUCCUUUAACGAGCGGGACGUGGAAAACCUACUAAACAGGCAAAAUCAAGCGCUUAAAGACGCCGCCCUGGGAUUGGCGCUGCGAUGCAUGUCCAGCCUCAAAAGUGCACAAAUUGAUGAAUUCGUUGGCGGGCUGAAACAGGACCAACUUGACCUCUUGAUGAAGUACAUCUACAGAGGGUUUCAGUCGCCAAAGGACAUCGCGCCUGCAGCUCUUCUUACCUGGCACGAAAAGGUGAGUCUAAUUGCUGAUUAG